AUGAUUUCGCUAGAACUCUUGCGCUCAUGUGGAGUCCCGUUGGUGACCAAAGAGGCUGCUGUCCUUCAGCCAAAGCGAUGCAGUGACAUCCCUGGGGAUCAAAGCACACUGCCGGAGCCACUGAAACAGCACGGGCACCCGAAGCCGCAGUUGGCGCAGCAGUUGGAGCGUUCCGAGAUCACGGCGGUCCAGUCACGGGUGGAGGAGGAGGCGAGGCGCUUGGGCCUAGAAGCCAAGCUCUUGGCUGUGGAGGCGGAGCCACCGUACUACGAGCAGAGCUUGGAAUGGCGCCGGGACCGGCUGGGCGCAUCAUCCGUUGAGGAGCUGUGCAAAAGCGUGGUCCUGGAGAACACCAAGGAGGCGGGGGCGGAGUCCGGGCGUGUGCGGUGUGUGCUGGUCAUCGUCCAAUACGUCGGCAAGCUGCACAAGGAGAAGCUGAUCAAGGUGGUGCAGGCGCUGGAGGCCUCCAGAGGUCUGCCCCCCUUGGGCAAGAAGCAGUACAACAUGCGGCUCUUAGAGGGCACCGCGUGUCAAGAGAUGACCGGCUUCGGCCACAACGCAGUGACUCCCCUGGGCCUAGAUCUUCCCAUGAUACUUAGUGAUGCCAUUGCACAACUUCCAUCUGGGAAAUUUUGGCUGGGCGGAGGUCACGUGGAUCUUAAGCUACGGCUCAAUGUGGGUGAAGCCGUUGAGGCUCUUCGGUUGACGGUGGCAGACGUGACGUACAAGAAAAACUACAAGCUGGAGAAGGCCGAGGCGGUUCUACUUCGCUGCACGCGCCACGCAGAAGAGCGGAGUGGUGCGUGGCUGGUGAAGUACUUGAACCACAUCUCCCAGGUCCGGAUGAAGCAGAGCCGAGACGUGGAGGCAAUGGAGAUGAUGUACGAGAUAGAGUCGCUGGCCAACUUCCCCAUGCACGAGCCAGGUGCCUCCGAGUUCUACGAGACUCUUUUCAGGAACAUGAGCUCGUCUCUGCGCCGGAUGGGAAGAGAGGACGACGCGGCUGUGUACUUCAUCAAGAUGGCGGAGGCUACUCACUACCACAAGAAGCAGCUGGAUUGGAUGGAUUUGUGGGAUCUCGGGAUCCUGAUCGCCAACCGUGCGUACCAGGCUGGCAGGUGGCCUGAGUUCUACAAAUCGCGGGAGAUCAUAGCUGAGGCAGCUGGGCAAGUGCAUGCAAAGAUGGCGGAAGGCGGAGAUGCACCUCAGCACAUCCAGCUCAAGGUGAAGGACCAGCAGGGGAGCGAGGUCCAAUUCAAGCCCCUCGGCGCAGCAAGAUGUUGGGAUGCGGAGCUGGAUGUCAAGGGUCGCGAUGGCCGCGAGCUGAAGCCCAUCCAGAAGGACAUGUCGUCAUCUGACAGAUCAGACGAAAGCGAGGUGGACUCAGACGGAUUCAGGGCUACUGUUGCUAAAACGGCCAAAUCCUUCGUCGGCGGUCACACAGUUGUCAAAUGGGUGAUUCCGUUUGUUCUCGUUGGCAUCAGCUCCGUUGUUUGCAUGUGGCUGCUCCACAUUGCAACCUUCUACUAUGUCAAGGGUAUCAUUCGGUUCGAGGCUGCGUUCAAGCCAGAUCCUACCUACAAGGAAGAUGCAGUGACCGCAAAGCUGUUCUCUCCUGGCUUGAGCGAGAAGGAUGUGUCCUUCGGCUCACUUCAGGACCCGAUUGAAGCGCAGCUGGGCUUUCAGGAUGUGCCCAUCAAGGCUCUGGAUCUCAUCGCCGCCGUCUUUCCCAUGAUCUGGGGGGUUACGGUGAUUUAUCUGCAAGAUGUGCAAGCCUGGACGAAAGUCCUGUUGUGCCAUUCGGUGCUGGCAUUCGGCAAAGGAGUCUUUGGAGCAACCACAAUUAUUCCAGACAGUAUUGGCUGGGCGAAUUGCAAGAAACGGCUGGGACCAGAAGGGCUGCAGUACUUCGAAAGCGAGGUUCCGGAGCCGGCCAAGCACGGUCUGUGGGCGACCCUCAUGGCCAUCCUGGGCAUUGAGCUCAUGGGACCACAUCAAGAUCGGAUUGGCGCAGGGAUGCGCUUUUGUGCCGACAUGCUGUAUUCAGGUCACACAUAUUUCACGAUCCUGUACAUUUUGGGGCUAUGCGAGCUACUGCGCCUGGCAAGCCCCAAGUUCAUCAAAAACCCGACGAAGAGGUCUAUAUUUCUUGGCAUCGUGUAUACGCUUUGCAUUGCUCAGCAGUGCUUGGAGAUCACUUUGGUGCUGCGAAACCGAUUCCACUACACGACAGAUGUUGUGAUGGCUGUUCUUCUCACCUUCUUAUGGUACACCUCGGCUCCGAUCUGCAUUGCGGCGAAAUGGUGGGCGCAGUUGGGCAAUGCGGACCCGCAGCCUGCCGAGGGGCAGCGUGAGAGCUUCGUCCUCAUCCCGCGCAGCGCCUUGUCGGGCGACGUGUGGCUCCCUUCGUUCUGCGUGCCGUUUUGCUGCAUCAACGGCAAGCAUCAUGUCAUAAGUGAACAUCAGUUGAAACUCUGGGAAGAGGAGACUGGAGCAGACGACCCCUGA